AUGGCUUUCACAUAUCGCAUGGGCAGAGCGACUGUAAGCAACAUUGUCGAAAAUGUGUGUGAUGCCAUUUGGAAAAAUCUUCAGCCUAUAGUUAUGCCGGAACCUAGUGCAGAUAUUUGGAAAGCAUCUGAAAGUGUAUUUCGAGAAAAGUGGAACUUCCUUCACUGCGUUGCUGCGACAGAUGGCAAGCAUGUCCGAAUCAAAGCACAAGGCUCACAAUUCUUAAACUACAAGAAGUACCACUCCAUUCUUUUAUUAGCACUUGUUGACGGCAAUAAAAGAUUCCUUUCUGUUGGCGUAGGGCAAUAUGGAAAAGUUAGUGAUGGGAAUGUUUUUAUGAAUAGCAGUAUGGGAAAGCGCUUGGCAAGUAAAACUUUUCGAUUACCUCCUGAUGAAGAUUUAGGUGGAGAUUUGUUACCUUAUGCAGAGGAUAUUACCGUGGCAGACGAAGCAUUUCCGCUUAAAAGAUUUCUGAUGCGUCCUUAUCCAAGGUCCGCCCGAAGGCUUUCCGAGUCUGAAAGAAUAUUUAACAACAGACUUUUAAGAAGUAGAAACACAGUAGAAAACGCCUUUGGCAUUCUUGCAAGUGUUUAG